AUUACAGUUCCUUUUCCUGUUGUAGGGGGUUCCAGGAAGUAGGCCCGCUUUGAUUUGACGUCUCGCUUUUACCUUUGCAAUGGCUGUGGAUAUUACCUUAUUAUUCAAAGCUAGUGUCAAAACUGUGAAAACGCGCAAUAAAGCAAUAGGUCUUGCUCUAGAUUCACAAAAAGAGGAGCUAUUUAAGAAAAGUCGUUCCAGCAAUGGAUUUUCUUCCAAAGCCAAGGAGGUGAUUUCAAACAUCACAAAACUCAAAGACUUCCUGUUGCAACACAGAAAGGACUAUGUGAACAUGGGCAGUCUCAUCUCAUCAGAUUUAACCCGCAUGACAGACUCUGAAAGGGAUCAGAUUGAUCAAGAUGCUCAGAUCUUCAUGAGAACCUGUUCUGAUGCUAUUAAACAGCUACGUAUGGAGGCUGAAAGACAAGUUAUCUCACUACAGAUCAAAGAGCAUCACGGUGCCAUGCUAGACCUUGUAGAAGUAUACCUGAAAGGUGUGUGCAAACUGUACUCAGAACAGAGGGCUAUACGAGUAAAACGGGUUGUAGACAAGAAGCGACUUUCAAGGCUGGAACCCGAGCAUCAAAGUAAGGUGAAGACUCCGGAACCGACAGUGCAGAAGGCUCAGAAGGAGGAAAGCAGUGAGAAGACGGUGUCAGAAGUGUCAGGGAGCAGUGCACAUUUAUGGGAAGACAGCAAAACAGAGGAUGAGCUUUCUCCUGAAGAAAUACAGAUGUUUGAGCAGGAGAACCAGAGGUUGGUCAGUGAGAUGAGCAGUUUGGUGGAUGAAGUCAGGCAAAUAGAAGGAAAAGUGGUAGAGAUCUCUCGACUACAGGAAAUAUUUGCAGAGAAAGUCUUGCAACAGGAAACAGAGAUAGACAGUAUUCACCAGCUUGUAGUUGGUGCCACUGAAGACGUGAAAGAAGGGAAUGAGGAUAUCCGAGAAGCUAUUAAAAACAACGCUGGCUUCCGUGUGUGGAUCUUAUUCUUCCUGGUGAUGUGUUCCUUCUCACUCCUCUUCCUCGAUUGGUAUGACGGCUAAUUUCGUGUACGCUUCUGAAGAAGAACAGCCAAAUGGGCAUGCAACCCAGUGCUAUACAUCUUCACUGGCACCACCACCCACCAUGUAAAAAAAUCAAUUUGUGAAAUAAAGUUUUGAAAGGAAA